GUUAGCAUGGAACAGCGAAAGUUGAAGAACAUCACAACAUUCCUACAAUGGUGUGACAGAUGCGACGCUCGUCAUCUCAACCGACCAUGGCAAAGCGCGAUAUGAACCAAAACCAGAGUCAAACGGCGCUGUUGAGCACUUUAGAUACGACGCACUCAACCGACGAUCCAAGGGUAACUGUUCCUCUACGUACCCGGUCCUGCUGCUUGCUGACUUUUCUAAUGUGAGUGAGAGUGCGUGGAUCGAAAUAAUUCUUGAAAGAUACCAAGACAGUCAUGAGGGACCAACACGUUGAUACAGCAACCAAAACAAAGUCAUCAGCAGAAGCAAAAACCAAAACUCCGUCCUUCGCCGUCGAUAAUGAUCCGCGAUACGAACAAGUCCGGGCCAUUCUCGCAAAGAGAGCACCGUUGGCUUCGAAGGAAAAGAAAGAACUCCUGUCCAGGAUCAAAGACACACUCGUUGAGGUGGUCGGUGGUGGUGAACACGAACACGCAACGAAACCGACAACGAUCGCUGCGGAGAAAAAGCUGAGGGAGAUCGUCUCGGAUCUGAAUCGCACGGGACCCACAGCGCGGCAGCGAGAUAAGUGUUGGACCCCAUCCUACGCGGCGUCGGUCCUCGCGGCCUUUUACGUGUGCGUCGAAGCGUUGCGGGACGAUGCCGUAGACACGCGCAGCGACUCAAGUAGAAAAGGCACCGGUAGUGGUAGCAUCGGAUCCGAAUCCGAUGCAACUGCGAUAACAACUCUUCAUGGUAGUCCCCAAAGAGCAGCGUUGGAAUCGAUCGCCAACCGCAUCCGGGAGGCCGUUGCGACCACUGGCGACGAGAGACCACAAACACUCCMAACAACCAACCCAAGCGAACCAAGGGGUCCGAAAAAGAAUGAUUCGGUGACUUCCAAGGCUACCGGAAUCAUCGGUACCGAUGCAAACACGGCCGCCGACACUAAUCCUGUCGCUCCCGCAACAAUGUCAACCGACAAAUUAUUGACUCGCCUCUCCGAUUUGGCCAGGGACUACGACUCGCUGGCAAAGCGCGAAGAGCACCUGUUGGAGCUCUUGCAAAAUCUCGAGCACGAUGCGGAUAUCUUGGUGCGGGCUCUCGCGGUAGAAAGCGUCGGUGACGAAGACACCGAGAACGAAGAAACAACAGCAAACUAUGCGAACGAGAGGCCACCGUCGGCAAUAGCAGCACCAAAAAGGGCUUCCGGGGAAAGCCAGGUGCUAUACGCGAAAGGAGACACAGAAAUAGUGCAAACCAUUGCCCACAGCGACGACGACCAAGGUUCCGGUUCGAAUGGAAAUGACGAAGAUGUGACAGGUUCGCGAACGAGAACUUCGAAACCGAUCGUUCGGAAGAGGAAGACAAUUUCUCUUUCCCAGCGCGAACGCCCCUCCAAGGAAGAAAAGGGAUCCGCGCUGCGAAAGCUAGAGGAGGCUUUGUUUAUGGAAGACGAUAGYGAUGACGAUUCCGAUUCAUCGAUGGACUGAUAGACCAAGUGAGUCCCAGGUACAUUUGUUGCUUCCUAAAUUGACACAAAGAAUGAACUUCGACCCGUGGACGUGAAUAUGUCUUUUCUGCAAAAUCGAAUCGAGCCGGAUAAAAGUGAAUUGACGCMAGACGCACACGAGGGUGAUUCUUCCCUUGGAUGCUGCGGGUUGUCAUCGGAACAACACAAUAGUGGGUGGCGCGAACACGAGCAUUGUUGUGGCUACUAUAGUAAAUAAAGGCCUCGGGCAGCGCAACCUACAUACCCACCGAAAAUGUUGCUUUGCUCCUUUCAUGCUCAACGAUUGAGCAUAUUUUCAUUCCAUUUWUGUUCUCAGAAGCCUUUCAUUUUCAUCGUCUUGUGCAUAGUCUGGUACGUAACAUUAUUGCGAAUAGCUGCUAAAUWGGCCUUCUAGAAAGAAUUGAGUUCAUAGUCGUUCAAUG